ACACACCUCCUCUCCGAUCUCUCAAUCCCUCUGAAGAGUCUCAUUUUCUUUCCAUCCAAACAUCGCCCAAUCCCCAUGGCCGCUAAUUCCCCACGCGAAGAAAAUGUCUACAAGGCGAAACUCGCCGAGCAAGCCGAGCGCUACGAGGAGAUGGUCAAGUUCAUGGAAGCUGUCGUCUCCUCCGUCGUCGCUCCCGAUGAACUCACCGUCGAGGAGCGGAAUCUCCUCUCUGUCGCCUACAAGAAUGUGAUCGGCGCCCGCCGUGCAUCCUGGAGGAUCGUUUCCUCCAUCGAGCAGAAAGAGGAAGGACGUGGGAACUCCGACCAUGUUUCCAUCAUCCGCGAGUACAGAGCCAAGAUUGAGGCCGAGCUUUCGGAGAUUUGUGCCGGAAUUUUGAAGCUUCUCGAUGAGAAGCUCGUUCCGGCAACCGGAAGCGGCGAUUCUAAGGUCUUCUAUCUGAAGAUGAAGGGAGAUUACCAUAGGUACUUGGCUGAGUUCAGGACUGGCGAUUACAGGAAAGCUGCUGCGGAGAAUACGCUCUCUGCGUAUAAAUCUGCUCAGGACAUUGCAACUUCUGAGCUCGCCCCAACUCAUCCUAUUCGUUUAGGAUUGGCUCUGAACUUUUCCGUGUUCUACUACGAGAUCUUGAAUUCUCCUGAUCGUGCUUGCAGUCUUGCGAAACAGGCUUUUGAUGAAGCCAUCGCAGAGAUGGAUACUCUUGGAGAGGAUUCAUACAAGGACAGCACUUUGAUAAUGCAACUUCUUCGUGAUAACCUCACUUUGUGGACCUCAGACAUGCAGGAGAAUGGAACAGACGAAACCAAAGAAGCGUCUAAACCCGAGGAUGAAAAGCAACAGUGAAAUCUGUAAUCUUGGAGUUAGUAUCUUACUUCGCUGGUUGUUUUUGUAUGGAGAAGUUGAUUGGUCCAUCUGUCCCUCAAGUUUACUUGCCUCUUAUAAAACCUUUGAAAAUACUGCUGAAAAUUCAUUGGCAUUUCACUACUAAUUUGUCUUUAGUUGAA